AAAUGUGAUGGGGCUAAAAGACUGUGAUCUAAGGGUAAUAAACUGGGGGAAACUUAGCAAGGCCUGAUGUUCAUAUUCGUCUCUACGUCCCUGUGUUUUCAGAGAUAAAGAUGUUACUUUUAUUCCAGGUAUAGACAGGGCAACUCUCACAUGAGGGUAUUACGUCCUGCUUCAGAGCAGAAAGGUGCAAGAAAGAGACAUUCCUGCAUAUGUUCUUUCUCAAAUUCCUUCAGUUUAAAGUAUUCAAUAUGUCUAGGUGCCGUAUUUUUGGGUAGCAUGUCCCAAACCCCGUCAGGUGGUAGAAGCAGAGGUUGUGAGAAGUCGUUUAAUUCGCUACAUAUUUUGAAGAUUAAGCCAGUAAGGCUUGUUCUACAAGAUGUAAGGCCUGAGACAGAAGACUCAAGUAUGAGUCCUUAGCCUGAGCAAUUAAGAGAACGAGGUAACUGUUCACUGCAUUAGGUCCAUGAUAUUUGUUUUUAUUUAAUUAUGUACUUAAUAAUUCCAGGCUAUUGGUUGGACACUUAAAAAAAAAAUUAUACGAUAAAAUACACAGCUCUUAGGAGUUCAUCCCAUGAACUUUGACAAUUCUAUGUAUCGGUGUAAUAUUUCCAUUACCUGGGCAAAUUCCCCUUCGCCGGGCCUUAAGCAUAAUCUACAGAAAAAACUGCGUACAUAAAUAGACGUUUACAACUAUUUCUAAAUGAGAUUUCUAAAGUGAACCCACCUAUCUAUAAUCAGUGUCCAAAUCAAGAAACAUUACCUGAACCUCAAAAGCCCCCUGGUGGCUCUUUCAUGUCAUUGUCCUCCCCACUAUACUCAUUAACACCUAGUUUUUAAAUGGAACCACGCAAUAUGAACUCUUCCAUGUCUAGCUUCUUUCCCUCAACUUCAUUUUUUUGUGUGAAAUUCACGCAUGUUGCCUUUCAGUAAUUUAUUUUUGUACUGUACUUCCGACUCUUUACUACAGAUAAUGGUCAGCCUCCAUUUCGCUAACAGCUUUUUUUCCUCUCCGAGUUGUUGAUUCUAAUCGCUGCCUUGGACGAUCUAUAAAGCUGAGUGCGCGCUAUGUGACCUCUCAGGGGUCGCUGCCUUGGACGAUCUGUAAAGCUGACUGCGCGCUAUGUGACCUCUCAGGGGUCGCUGCCUUGGACGAUCUGUAAAGCUGAGUGCGGGCUAAUGUGACCUCUCAGGGGUUGUUUCCAACCGUGUUGUUGACAUCUUGAGCCUGCCAAGGACUAGAAUAAUCUGAAAACUAGGCUUCUCUGGGGGUCUCACUGAGUGACAGGGUUAGAACCAGAAGAGAAGAACAUCGUCUCCAGAAGACAUUUCACCAUUUUCUUUGAUAGUAAACAGGCUCAGUUAUACCGAAUCCAAACCCAGGCGAGAACUACGGACUCUUGAAAUGGUCGGUGAAAGGGGCGAAAGCACCAGGAAAUUGUGCUUCAACAGUCCAUGACAGAAAGCAGGGCCUGAAACUGUGGCCAUAGGCCGGCCCUUUUGUUAGGGCCUUGACCCGGGCUUCCGCUACGUGGCCCGGUCACGGGGCCAACGCAGCUCCACCUCCUACGGCGGCCAGUGAUGACGCCACCACGUCGGAGCUGAUAGACCGCGGUGACGUCUCCACCGCGCCAAACUCACUGAAAAUCAAACCGUUACCAUUAGGAGCCCUCCACGCUUAACAUAUCCGUUCUUUCUCGUUUGAAAGUAACCAGGCUGCUCCUCCCCAUUUUUUGCCUUCUUCUCGCAGAGGCCGAGAGACUAACCUUACACAACAUGGCGGCCUGGUGUGUCUGGUGUCCUAGAGCGGACGAAAGCAGGUGAUUCUCUAGUCAACUUCCGACUUGGACUCCGAAGAUCGGCACGUUAUUUCCGGGGCUGGGUUAAGGCAGAGGUUCCGAGCUGCGACUGCGCAGCGUGGCCCAACGCGGUCAAAUUAUAAUACACAAAGUUGUCAGAGCGGAGAGGAAGACAUUACUCUUCUCGGAUUGCCGGUUCCUUCGCGAGACUUGAGCGUUGCUAGGAGAUUCGGCAGGCGGGCGGAGCCAGACUCGGCGGGGCGGGGAGGGGUGAGGCCAGGCUCAGCGAGGCGGGGAAGGGUGGGUGGAGCCAGGCUUGGCGGGCUGUGCGUGCUCGCGGUGGGCGGUGGCGGCGGCUGCCUCGCGAAGGUUCCAGAUCCGUCGCGUGCAGAAGGCGGGCCGCGGUCUUGCGCAGGGUCGGUGUGGGCGCAGGCUGCGGCGCCGCGACUCGUGCGGGUAGGCGUCUGCGCUCGGUUUGAGGGCUCGGCGCGGCGUUUCCUGUUCCUUCCUCUGCGCGGCUGCAGCUCGGGACUUCGGCCUGACCCAGCCCCCAUGGCUUCAGAAGAGCUACAGAAAGAUCUAGAAGAGGUAAAGGUGUUGCUGGAAAAGGCUACUAGGAAAAGAGUACGUGAUGCCCUUACAGCUGAAAAAUCCAAGAUUGAGACAGAAAUCAAGAACAAGAUGCAACAGAAAUCACAGAAGAAAGCAGAACUUCUUGAUAAUGAAAAACCAGCUGCUGUGGUUGCUCCCAUUACAACGGGCUAUACGGUGAAAAUCAGUAAUUAUGGAUGGGAUCAGUCAGAUAAGUUUGUGAAAAUCUACAUUACGUUAACUGGAGUUCAUCAAGUUCCCACUGAGAAUGUGCAGGUGCAUUUCACAGAGAGGUCAUUUGAUCUUUUGGUAAAGAAUCUAAAUGGGAAGAGUUACUCCAUGAUUGUGAACAAUCUCUUGAAACCCAUCUCUGUGGAAGGCAGUUCAAAAAAAGUCAAGACUGAUACAGUUCUUAUAUUGUGUAGAAAGAAAGUGGAAAACACAAGGUGGGAUUACCUGACCCAGGUUGAAAAGGAGUGCAAAGAAAAAGAGAAGCCCUCCUAUGACACUGAAACAGAUCCUAGUGAGGGAUUGAUGAAUGUUCUAAAGAAAAUUUAUGAAGAUGGAGAUGAUGAUAUGAAGCGAACCAUUAAUAAAGCCUGGGUGGAAUCAAGAGAGAAGCAAGCCAAAGGAGACACGGAAUUUUGAGACUUUAAAGUCCUUUUGGGAACUGUGAUGUGAUGUGGAAAUACUGAUGUUUCCAGUAAGGGAAUGUUGGUGAGCUGCAUAUAUAAAUUUGACAGAUAGCUAUUUACAUAGCCUUCUAAGUAAAGGCAGUGAAUUCUCCAUUUCCUACUGGAGGAUUUAUUUAAAUAAAAUAUGCUUAUUAAACACUCCUGCAAAGAUGGUUUUAUUAGUACCCUGGUCAUUUUGUUCAAGGAAGGGUUAUAUUGCAUUCUUAUGUGAAAUAUAAAAAGCAAGUGUUGCCCAAUAAAAACGCUACAUUGUGUGUAUUUUUUGUUCAGCUGAGAAUUGGAAAAGUAUUUGCUUGCCUUUAAGUUACUGACAUCAGCUUCCACCAGUGUAAAAAUUGAGUAAAACCUGAAGUUUUGCAUAAAAUGCAAAUCGGUGCCUGUGCUUGAAGGUUGCUAUAGAGCAUCUGACCCCUUAUUGCCACCUUAAGCAAUGUGUAUGCCUUGCAUUACCAUGCACUAAUUCAAUCACAGGUGUUUCUAUCUAGAUUUAAAUAUGUUUCUAUCUAGAUUUAAAUAUGUUUGUCAAUGAAUGUGGAAUAGAAACUAAAUCUAAACAUGACAAUAAUAGACACACAUCUUUGUAUGGUACCAGUUAGUUUUGCCGUGGAUCAGAUGGUUUAUAAAAGUAAUAACCAUAAAGCAAAAAAUAAUUUGAAAGCCCAUUUAUUCCUAUGCUCAAUAAAGUUAAGUUUUUCUUCAUUAG